AUGCAGCUUGUUACCAUCGUUGGCCUGCUCCUCGGCUAUCUGACCUUGGGUGUCCUCGGUCAGAUUACUCUCACGCCCUCGACGAUCAACCGGGGACGAACGACGACCGUCACCAGGACCGUUACCCAAAUCGCCGUCAGCACGACUACGUCUACCCUCACGAGAUCUACCACGGCCACUGUGACCACUCCGAUAACUCUGCGAGAGACCACGACUACCACCGCUACAGUGACCACGCCAAUCACCGUGCGCGAGACCACGACCACGACCACGACUGCCGUGGCGACGAGAACCGAGACGGUCACCCGCACGACUACGGCGCCGUGCGCCCCGGUCAACUGCCCCAAGAUCACUUCCACCGGGACCAUCUGCCGUAGCUGCUUCGUCGCGCAGUGCACCACCACCUCGACCGUCACCAGGUCAUGCGGCUGCCCGAGCGCUCUUUCGACGACGACGGUCAACUUCGAAUGCGACCAGGCCGAUGUGUGCAACAAGAUCGGAUGCAGGACGGUGUAUGCUGUGGCUACGCCAGCGUGUGAGUAG